AAUAUUAUUCUGUGAUACAAGUAUUGAGUGAUGUGUUUAAUUCGAAUUCGUUGAUUAUGCCACUUUGGUCGCGGAGUAACUAAAACUAAAUACUGUAAAUCGUUUACAGUAUUCUCAAAAACCAAGUGUCUUGUGUUCAAUAAAUCCUCUUACUACUGUAUUUAAAGUGGUCAUUUUUUAUUUUUAUUUUUUUUCCUGGUUCUACAUAUACAUAGAUAGAGGUAUCUAAUACAUAUUUUUUUAACUGUACAAUUAGGGAUAAGUAUGUUGGACAUAUCUUUUAGUAAAGCAUAUUUAUUAUGCUGCGCAACAUUUAUACUCAUUCAAUGGACAGAAACUAAAAAUGUGGAGUAUGUGACUUGUGGAACUGUCGCAAAAUUGUACAAUAUCGAUCUUAAAGUAAGGUUACAUUCGCACGAUGUUAAAUAUGGUGCAGGCAGUGGCCAGCAAUCUGUAACCGGAACCGAUUUAUCGGAAGAUAUUAAUUCACAUUGGGAAAUAAAAGCCCAAACUGGAAAACAUUGUAAAAGAGGUGAGCCUAUUAAAUGUGGAAGUAUAAUCAGAUUUACACAUCUAACCACCAAAAAGAACCUCCAUUCACAUCUAUUCAGUUCGCCUCUAUCUGGCAACCAAGAAGUAUCCGCAUAUGGUAAUGAUGGAGAAGGAGAUACUGGUGAUCAUUGGUAUGCAGAUUGCAGUGGAGAUUAUUGGGAAAGAGAUGACGACAUUCGGUUAAAACAUGUAGACACUGGAUCAUACUUAAUGGCUUCAAGUUUAUCAUAUGGUCGACCAAUUAAUGGACAAAGAGAGAUUGCUGCCGUAAAAAACCCAGGACCAUUUUCGACUCAUUGGCGUGUCAAAGAAGGCAUAUUUAUUCAUAAAGACGAACCAAGUGAUUUUCAUUCUGAUUACCUCCAUACAGAACUAUAAUAUUGUUCUAUUUAAGUCUCAAAUUAUUUCAUAAUUUUGUAAAUUUAUUAAGCAUUGCACACUGUUUAUAGUAAAAUAUAAUAAAAUAUG